AUGGCAGGUACUUUACCAGGUGAGAUUGGUAACCUUAAUCUCAAUUGGUUGAGUGUCUAUGAAAACAGCUUAAGUGGAACCAUUCCAUUCAAAAUAUUCAAUGUGUCAACAAUGGAACACCUCGACCUGGGAAAUAAUCACUUCUCAGGCAAGCUUCCUUCAGACAUGGGGUUUUGGCUUCCAAAACUUAAAGAGAUUUGUUUAAACGGCAAUAAACUCAGCGGAAUAAUUCCGAGCUCUAUCUCUAAUGCUUCUAGGCUUACCUUCAUUGCCAUGACCAGAAACUCAUUCACUGGAUCUAUACCCAAUACGCUCGGUAGUUUAAGACUCUUGCGGCAGCUCGAACUUCAAAAAAAUAGUCUGACCAAGGAAUUUUCUACUUCGGAGUUGAGAUUUUUCUUUUCUUUAACGAAUUGCAGACAAUUAAAGAUAUUGAGCAUAACAUUAAAUCCACUAAAUGGCGUACUUCCAGUUUCAUUUGGGAAUUUGUCUAGUACACUGCAAGUGUUUGACGCAUUUCAAUGCAAAAUUAAGGGCAACAUCCCCAAUGUAAUCGGGAAUUUGAGCAGCUUGAAUUACAUAGACUUACAAAGCAACCAGUUGACUGGACCUAUCCCAAAAACAAUAGAAAGAUUGCAAAAUCUCCAACGUUUGUAUCUUCAAAACAAUAGACUUCAAGGAUGCAUCCCAGGUGAUCUUUGUCGGCUAAGGAAAUUGGGGGACUUAUUUGUAAGUAACAACAUGCUCUAUGGUCCAAUUCCGUCAUGCUUGGGGGAGCUUAAAUCUCUAAGAUUUCUCUAUCUUGACUCCAACAAUUUGACUUCCAUGAUACCGUCAAACUUGUGGAGCCUUGAAGAUCUAGUGGGUCUAAACCUAUCCUCAAACUUUCUGGAAGGUCAUCUACCAUUAGAUAUCGGAAAUUUGAAGGUCAUAACAGGUCUAGAUUUGCCAUGGAAUCACUUAUCAGGUACAAUCCCAAAUACCAUCGGAGGAGCUCAGUCAUUAGUUUUUCUUUCAUUGGCCCACAAUCAAAUGCAAGGACCUGUUCCUCAAUCACUUGGCAACUUGAUAAGCUUAGAAUCCUUAGAUCUUUCCAGUAACAACUUGUUUGGAGUUAUUCCCAAGUCCUUGGAGUCACUCAGGUACCUCCAAUAUUUCAACGUGUCUUUUAAUAGACUGCAAGGGGAAAUUCCUAGUGGAGGACAUUUUGUCAACUUUACAGCCAAAUCAUUUUCGUAUAAUGAUGCACUUUGUGGAGUUCCUCGAUUGUAA